AUGGCUCCAAUUAUUCAGAAACCAGCUCCAUUCUUCAAGAAGACUGCCGUCGUCGACGGUGUUUUUGAGGAAGUCUCCUUGGAUCAAUAUAAAGGAAAGUGGGUCCUUUUGGCUUUCAUUCCUUUGGCUUUCACUUUCGUCUGCCCAACUGAGAUCAUUGCCUACUCCGAGGCUGCCAAGCAGUUUGCUGAGGAGGGUGCCCAAGUUCUCUUUGCCUCCACCGACUCAGAGUACUCUCUGUUGGCUUGGACUAACGUCGCUAGACAGGAUGGUGGUCUAGGCCCAGUCAACAUCCCAUUGUUGGCUGACACCAACCACACUUUGUCUAAGGACUACGGUGUUUUAAUUGAGGAGGAAGGUGUUGCUCUGAGAGGUAUUUUCCUGAUUGACCCUAAGGGAGUUUUGAGACAGAUCACUAUCAACGAUCUGCCAGUCGGAAGAUCUGUUGAGGAGUCCCUGAGACUUCUUAAGGCCUUCAAGUUCACUGACGAGCACGGUGAAGUUUGCCCAGCUAACUGGCAACCAGGUGCUGAUACCAUCAAGCCAGAAGUUGAUGCUUCCAAGGAAUUCUUUUCCAAGUCCAAAUAG